AUGCUGGUAUUACUAGCUGGUAUCUUUGUGGUCCACAUCGCCACUGUCAUCAUGUUGUUUGUCUCCACCAUUGCCAAUGUCUGGGUGGUUUCAGAUGAUACAAAAACAUCAGUAGGUCUUUGGAAAAACUGUACGGGUGGCAACUGUGAUGGAGCCCUGUCGUAUGCCAAUGAAGAUGCCCUCAAGGCCGUGCAGGCUUUCAUGAUCCUCUCCAUCAUCUUCUCCGUCAUCUCUCUUGUGGUCUUCGUGUUCCAGCUCUUCACCAUGGAGAAGGGAAACCGCUUCUUCCUCUCGGGGGCCACUAUGCUGGUGUGCUGUGAGUAUCGCAGUGGUGGGCUCCCAUUCGUGCAGGAAAAGCUUUUAUGCGGGUCUUACCGAGGGUGCUCCCGGCAACUCGGACAGACAAGCACAUGGCUCAGUGAAGUCACUUUGGACAGCUUUGUCCCCCGGUUGUUUGUUCUCUUUUUGAGAACCCCUGAUCGCUGCUUGGAAUGA